AUGAAGUACAUACCGCGGCUUGACCUUUAUUCCCUCUUCUUCGCCGCAACUUCAUCGCAGUCUUUGGAUUCAAAUUAACUUUUCCCUAUGGAUUAUUACCCCAAAGUACGCCGUGAUGAUACAGCCGUAGACGAUUAUCAUGGUACUAAGAUUCCUGAGCCAUAUUGCUGGCUCGAAGACCCCGAUUCCGAGGAAACCGCGGAGUUUGUCCGAGCACAAAAUGAGAUAACAAUGGAGUACUUGUCUGAAUGUGACAUACGAGAACCAUUUAAACAACGGAUGACUGAAAUGUGGGAUUACCCGAAAUAUGGAUGCCCUUUCAAGGAAGGUUCCAGAUAUUUUUAUUUUUAUAACUCUGGCCUUCAAAACCAAAGUGUAAUGUAUGUGCAAGACACGCUUGAAGCAGAAGAGAAAGUGUUUUUAGACCCAAACAAGCUGUCUGAAGAUGGUACCAUUGCUCUUGUUGGUCGUGCUUUUUCUGAUGAUGGAGAAUUGUUUGCUUAUUCACUAAGUUCACAUGGGUCAGAUUGGGUCACUAUCAAGUUCAUGAAAGUUGAUGGAGCUGUAGAUCUUCCAGACAAGCUAGAAAAAGCCAAGUUUACAUGUAUGUCCUGGACUCAUGACAAUAAAGGACUGUUCUACAAUAAAUAUCCAGCCAACUCUGAAAAAUCUGAUGGAACCGAGACAGAUCAGAACUUGAACCAAAAGCUUUACUACCAUAAACUUGGAACAGACCAAAGUCAGGAUGUUCUUUGCUGUGAAUUUCCUGAACACCCAAAGUGGCAUAUAGGUGGUGAAGUGAGUGACUGUGGUAAAUAUGUGAUCUUAACCCUCCGUGAGGGCUGUAAUCCUGUAAACAGGCUGUAUUACUGUGAUCUGAACAAGGUAGAUGCUAUCAAAGAUAAGCUUCCUUACACCAAAAUAGUUGAUAACUUUGAUGCUGAGUAUGAGUAUAUAACCAACCAAGGAACAUUGUUUACAUUCAAGACCAAUUUGAACUCUCCUAGAUACAAGCUCAUCAAUAUUGACUUCUUGCAGCCUGAACAGGACAAAUGGUCAACAUUAGUAUCACAAGAGAAAGUGGAUGUUCUUGAAUGGGCUGCUUGUGUAAGACAGGAUUUACUUGUGCUUUGCUACCUUCAUGAUGUUAAGAGUGUCUUACAUCUGCACAGCCUAGCAAGUGGUGAUCGAGUCAUGACCUUUCCUCUGGACAUUGGAUCUAUUGUUGGCUAUUCUGGUCGUAAACGAGAUUCAGAAAUAUUUUAUAAAUUUGAAUCCUUCCUCACACCUGGAGUAAUUUAUCAUUGUGACUUGUCUGAGAAAGAACUGACACCAAAGGUUUUCCGUGAAACUAAAGUCAAUGGAUUUGACCCUAGUCUGUAUGAAACCAACCAAGUGUUUUACAACAGCAAAGAUGGUACACAAAUACCUAUGUUUAUUGUCCACAAAAAGGGCAUAACAAUGGACUCAAAUAAUGCUGUUUUUCUGUAUGGCUAUGGGGGAUUUAAUAUCUCCAUUACACCUUCAUUCAGUGUGACACGAAUUAUGUUUAUCCAUCACCUUGGUGGUAUUCUCGCCAUUGCAAACAUCAGAGGAGGAGG